CUUGGUAGGCCCACCAUGGUGUUCCCUGAGGGGCCAACUAGCCCCAACCCAGGCUCGGGCUCUGGUUCUGGCUCAACAGGCCUUUAUAGAGAAGUGUGCUUGGUCCCUGGAUUUUGCGCGGUCCCACCGCGGCGGCGGCGGCGCCGCCGGCGUCGCACACCAGCCUUCCUCGAGCCUCCGCCGCCCCCGCCUCCGCCUCCUCCAGCUCUCAGGCCUGAAGAGAGGCGCAAGGCCCGGAGGAAGGCAUGGCUGCGGUUCGUUUGUUGCCAUUGGUGGCGGCGCCUGCGCUGGCGCCUCCAACUGCGUCUGAGGCGAGGACGGGGCUCGGUGCAGGAGCAGGGGCGGAGAAUGUGGAGGCGGCUAAGGCUUCGACUGGGAUUGAGGCGAGGGAGGGGCCGAGCGCAGGAGCGGAGGCGGGGCCUGCAGUUGCCGCAGUCCUUGCUAUUGCGAAGGCCGGGGAGGAGCCAAAAGCGGGGCGGAGUCAAGCGCCAGCUAGAUCUGCCCUGGACAGAGGAAGGCAUCUUUCCGUCUUGGGUGAAGCGACUGCUGACAGCUAGCUCGCUGGCCAGCAUGCAGAAACAGGACGAGGGGCCCUACCGGGCCCCUGUGGCCGGACCCUCCGGGGUACGACGACAGCGCCCAAAAAGGAGCGAGUCGGCGGCGGCUGCCGCCUCCUUUCCUUCCACCUUUCCUUCCACCUUUUCUUCCACCUUUUCUUCCACCUUUGCUUCCUUCUCUGCCGCCGCUGCGGCUAUCCCCAGUACCUCCUCGGCACCCCUGCCGCCACCGCCCCCCCUGAUACCGUUGCGGCCGCGGCCGCGGCCACGGCCAACCGAGGAGCCCAAAGUGGAAACCAUGCAGGUGGCCAGCCGCAAUGUGGUCGCCUGGCGCAGCAAAGCCGAGUGGGAGCAGGUCAUGGUCUAUCUCUUCUGCCAGGACCCCGAGCUACAGCGCCACGCGCUCAACCGUGUGUCUGCCUGGAAAAGCAGGUGCAGCAACAACCUGCCCCUGGCCGUGGCCUGCACCACAGACUUGGUGCUCUGCAAACUUUUGGAUGAGACUUCAGCCCUGGGCUCCCAGGAACUUGUGCUCCUCUAUGGAAUGGCUCUGGUCAGGACACCAGUCACUCAGGUUUUGCAGCCACCGAGCCAUUCUCCACUCUUUCCUCUCCCUUCCUUCGUCCAGCCCCUCAGCCCUUCCCAGCAGGACUAUUGCGGGGGCCUCCUAAAUGGCUUCUCCCCUCAAGUCCAGCAGAAGUCUCAUCAUGGCAUCCUCUCUUCCCCCGAUAGAUUUGUGAAUAUUAUCACUGAACCAAAGCAAAAGAUUAUCAACAUUCCUUUGAGACGUCUGGCCCAUGAGAUGCACAUCCCUGAGUGGAUUGUAAACCUUCGCCACAAUCUGACUCAUAGGAACCUUCCUCGAUUGAAUACAUGUAGGAGAGGGUGUGAAUUCGUCUUGGAGUGGCUUCGUCGGACCUAUUGGUGCCGACAGCUGGGGAAUAACUUGGGUGAGCCCUGGGAUUCGGGGGUGCAUAUCCGGGAGAUAGAGAAUGGAGAAGAGGUGGAGAUUGUGGAAGAGUUCGACGCGGACGAGGAGACCCCAGAGGAGGAGCCCCUCUCUGAAGAGGCUCAGAAGGAAAAGGACCUACAAGACAAAAUCCGGAAAGCGCUGUUGUCCUACGGAGAGCAACAGUUUAAGGUGCUUCGCCGCUCCAGACAGCUACCCAAGGCCGUCAAGGCAUCGACCAAAUCUAUCCGAGAGGUGGAACGCCUGGUGGGCCGCCUGAAGAAACUGUCCAAGGAGAACCAAACUUUUGUGAUGAACAUCCUGCUGGAGGAGGGUUUCCUCAUCCCCACAAUGGAACAGCUGGAGGCUCUGAAGAUCCACCCCACAGAAGCCCCAAAUCUGGUCAACCUGCUGAUGCCCCGGGCCUUCUCCCAGUUCUGGCAGCCCCUGAUUAAGGGCUUGCACUCCCAGCCAUUCAUCCAGGAACUCCUGGAGAAGAUGUUCAGGACCCUUCCGGAUUGUGCUGACACUGGGAUCCGUCCGGUCUACCUCAUCAGCUGGAUCAAUGAGCUUGUGGUGGUCUAUACCCCAGCUGGACCCUGCCAGAAGCGCCUCACCUCUAGCCAGAGGUCAGUCCGUAAGAGCUGGAAGAUAGGACCCCGCAAGUUCUCCUUGAACUGGUCUCAACUGCUUGAUGUCUGCCUGGAUGCCGCCUGCUGGGCUAGUCCCCACCUCCUCCAGCUGGUCCUCAAGGCCAUGGAACCACAGCUCCCCCUGGACUCCCAGGAGAAGCUCAUGUGUCUCUGCACCAUCUACACCCAGGGCGGGAACCCCGCUACUAGUGAUAGGCCCUGGGAAGGGACCAGCUCCCAGGACAGGCCCCCCAUCUACACCCUGGAGCACCUCCAGUGGCAGGUGAAGCAGGCCCUCCUGAUGGAGAAGGGGAAGAAUCGCCAGCCAGGCGAAAAGGAUGAAGAUGAGGAGGAGGAGGAGGAAGAAGAGACCGAGUCGGAUGAUUCCUCCGACCCCGAGGUGAUGGAGGUGGAUCCAGACCCAAUACAGAUGAAGGAGGUCGUCCUGAAGGAGACUCCAGAGAUGCUGGCUCAAAAGCAGGCCGGCUUGGAGGGCUCCCCAUGGCAACUGUGCUUAGAUGACAUAAACUGGAGCGAGUUGCCCCUGGGCAAGAUCCCAGGCCAGACUGAUGACCCUGAUGAGCUGAUGGUGGAUAAUUACACCCUGAUCUCUGUCCUGGACCAGCCGCAGAUCAACGAGGACCCUGAUCUGCCUCACACUUCGGCAUUCGGUUCCCUGGACCUGAGAAUCCCCAACAUGGAAGGCCCACUGUGGACCCAGAAUGAGCUACAUAGCCUCAAAGGCAACAUCCAGUUGUUCUAACCUGAGGGUGGGAAGGGUUCCCCUUUCCCCUCCGUGCAGACACUCCCCCUUCCCCACAAGCACUGGAAACCAAGGUGCCCACCUCAGCUGACUUCGCUUAGUGUUGGUUGUAUUUUUUUGUGGAGAAAAAAAAAAUAAACCCCGCCUCCCCCUUGAUAUGCAGCACAGGCCGGCUGGCCUGCGGUCCUCCUAGAGCUGGCCCGGGUCGGGGGACUGAAAAGGACCCCCCGGCCCAGGGAUCCCCUCUGCAGCAGCGCUCCUGAGAAAUAUAGUCAUCCCACUUCGAGUUGUGGGCUUACCACUGCCGGGGCGGGGCCCAGGCCCUUAGCCCAGUUCUGCCUCGCCCCUUGGCCAGUUCUCCUGGUCCUGCCCUGUGGGGCCAAGCAGACAGCCCUUCAGCAUCUUGAGCAUGUUCCACGGCACUUUGUCCUUCCAUUAAGGAAGGCUGUGGGCCCCUAGCAUCUCUGGGUCCUUGCUGCCUUGGACCCUACUGGUUGAUGCUGAUGCCCCAGCAGGGAGGGCACUGACAUUUUCCAUCUCUUCUUCCUUUUCUCUGCUUCGCAGAGAGGGGCCUACUCUUGCUCACCGUACCGUCCAGCGCCAGCUAAGCAGAAGGGAUCCUUUACUUACUUACUCACUCACUUACUUACUUACUCACUUACUUACUCACUUACUCAUUUACUGACUCAUGAUUGACUUACUCACUUACUUACUUACUGACUUAAUGCUAUGUCCUAACCUAGUGCUACGUCCUAUGGCCUCUUGGACCAACCUCUUGAGGAACAGUGCUGCAAAGGGGAUUCCUAGGCCUCUCCUUCUAUGCUUCCCCAGGACCUCGUAGGGUCUCCUGCUUCUGUACCCAAGUUUCAGAUUCCUAAGUUAGAACCUAACCUGUACCUCAGUAGUAAUCCCCAAGGCUUGACUGACCCCCACCCCGUUCUCCUGUGUGUUUAUUGUACCAGUAGCUCCCCUCCCUCGAGAGCCCCAAGGCAUGGCAUGCAGAUGGGGAGAAAAGCAUACCCCUGUUCUCAUUCAUGCUUCCAGCUUGGUGAGAACAGGCCGGUGGGUAAGGUGCCCCCUGCCAGGAUUGUUCUCUGAUUUGGGAUUUAUCAGUAUGAUUGGAACUAAUAGGGGCUCCUUCAAAAUUCUCUCCUUUGUUCACUUCCAUUGAAUAAAACUGAAAUGUGACUGUGUGCUUGCAAGUGUCUGGUUACUGGGGGGUGGGGAAUGAUUGUUUGCCCAAGUUUCUUGGGUGGGGACUCUGAGCCAUGAGAAGUGAGAAGAGUUAAGGAAAUCUUGUAUCCAAUUCACCAGACCCAGACCACUGGGCUCUAAGCCUCCUUCUCCCAGCUGUGACACCCAUUUGUUUGGGGCACCUUCCCACUUCUUUGUUGACUGUGCUAAAGUCCCUCCCAGCCCUGGCAUUCUGCCUUCAGUUGGUCAUUUUGGUGAAGUAUGAGGCAAGAUUCCCAGCUCAGGGUGGAAAUGCCUUUGAAGCCUUGAGUCUUGAAAGGGUUUGAAGUAGCUGAUAUACUGUAUCCUUUAGGUAGGUGUAGAAUGAUUGAUUGCCUUGCUACAGUGAGGGCCCAGUUGAGAUGAUGUAACAAAUUUGUGGAUGAACCAGUCAACACAAUUUUGUGAUUUUCUCAGCAGCAUGAGCAUGGGAAUAGGAGCACAGUCGGCAGAUGGUGGGAGUAAUCCAAGUUUUGGGUUUGGCAAGACAUCAGAGGUGGGACAAGAAAAACACCUUCCCGCCAUGCCGCCUCUCCGGUCAGAGAAGGCAACGCGGAAACGCCGUUCCGAGAACCAGUAUCCUGCCUUUAGGGAAUGGGGAAAGCGCACCAUUUCAUCCGCCCAGAUCACCUGCAUCACGGUGGAAGAUGACUCGGACGACGAACCAGAUGUCAUCAUUGAGCGCCACAUUCCUCCUCGCAGAGAGCUAGGAGAAAGUCUCUCUAUCCGGGUUCCUGUGAUUGUGAACCCCCGGAAAAACUUCAAGCGUGCUCGCUAUCCUCUGUCCGCUCCCACAUUCGUAUUCCCUCCGGUCAAACCCCGCCCUUCUGAUGACCAACUCUAAAGCUGCCCAGCUUUAGAGAGCCCACUGUGCUCUCUGCAAUCCCCGCUCGCUAGGCGGCAACCUUGCUUUUUUUGUCUUCAAUCUUUUCCUUUUGCGCUCCUUCCAUCUUCUGCCUCCCUCCCAACAACAUAGCCUCCCUGGCACUAGAUGCACUUUCAUUCCCACAAUUCACUGGUCGAGGCAGGGGAGUUGGGAUAUUCCUCACUCUCCGUGGCCAAUUCCAGACUCAUUCUCUACCUCCAUCGCUCACUAAUUUCCUUUCUCCUCCCAUGAGGUUCACUCACUCCAUAUUUGCCACCCAAUUAAGAUUGUGGUAGCCAUUUGCCUACCACCCUCCAGGCCACUCCCUCCUUCAUGGAUGAGUUCAGAGCUUGGCCCCCCACUUUGUUCUCCUUGGCUCCUCCUGUCCUCUCAGGGGACUGCAACAUACAUACAGUGAUAACUUACUCCCUGAAACGCCCGCCCCACCCGUCCCACCCGUUUCUCGAUUUAACUCAUUUCUCAUGGCCUACUCCUCCACCCCACCUCAGCUACACACACAGAGAUGGCCACACCCUCGUUCUUGCCAUCACCCAUAAACUCGCCAUGUCCAUGGUCAUGACCGCCAAAAAUCCUUCAUUGGAUCACAAUCUGUUGUCAUUCCAUCUCUCCCCGUCUUGUCACCACCUCACAUCUUGUUCCUCCAUUCAUACUGUGACCUCCAAUCCCUCAACCCCUUGACUCUUUCCCAGGCCAUCGCCCCUGCACUAGCUACACUUCAACCCUUCUCCAUCUUCCCUUUGGUGAACCAAUUCAACUCUACACUGCCCUCUUCCCUCAAGUCCCUUGCCCCCUUAUUAUAGAACCAAUCUUGCCCCACCAAGCCUCAGCCUUGAAUCACUCCCACCAUCUGCUGCCUUCACUCCCACACAACGUGCUGCUGAACAAAAGUGGAGAAAACCGUGCCGACUGGGUCCACGACAAAUUUGUUACGUAACCUCGAUUGGGCCCUCACUGCUACUUGGGCGAUCCUUUUACGCCUCCCCAAUUGAUUCACUCUCCACAGCGGCCCUCCCAAACCUUUUGCCCCUCCUCAAAUCUCCCGUGGGUCCCCCCUCUCCUCCUCUCCUCCCCUUCUCCCUCUCAGCUGAGAGCCUUGCCUCAUAUUUUCCUAGAAAUAUUGAGGCCAUUUACCGUGAGCUCCCUCUUCUUCCCCUCUUCCUUAUCUCUUUAUCACUCAGAUGCCUUCUGCCACUAUCUUCUACUUCACCCAUGUCUCACAUUUUGAGGUGGCCCUAAUCUUUGCCAAAGCAAAGCCUUCGACAUGCCCAAGUGAUCCCGCUCCAUGCCCUCUCCUCUAGCAGAUUGCCUCCUCUGUCAUCCCCACCCUCCCUUACCUUUAGUCUCCCGUCUACCAGUCCCUCUCCCCACUCCCCAUGUCUCCCUUGUUCUCCCUAGACUCACUUGUCCCAUCCAUCUCUGCUAGCUCACAUCCCGUACCCCUCCUCCCUUUUGUGGCCAAACUCCCUGAGAAGGCUGUCUACAAUAGGUGCCUCCACUUUCUUUCCUCUCUCUUAACUCUCUACGGUCUGGCUUCUGACCUCAUCAUUCAACCAAAACUGCUCUCUCCAAAGUUACCAGUGAUCUCUUAACUGUCCAAUCCAAUGGCCUUUUCUCAAUCUUCAUCCUUCUUGCCCUCUCUGUAGCCUUUGACACUGUUGACCACCCUCUUCUCCUCGAUGUUCUUUUCUCUAGGUUUUUGGGAUGCCGUCCUCUCCUGGUUCUCAUCUUCCCCCUUCUUUGGUCUCUUUUUCUGGAUCCUCCUCCAGGUUACCCCUACUCACUCACUGUGGGUGAUCCCCCUCCCCUCCCCUCCCCUCCCCUCCCAAAGCUCUUCCCUGGGCCCUCUUGUCCCAUUCGCCAAAUUUGCUUUGGGGACCCGGCCAGCUCCCGUGCCAAUGGGUCCCAGAUCUAUUUAUCCAGCCCUAACCUCAACCGACUUCUAGUCUCACAUCUCCGAUUGCCUAUUGGACAUUUUGAACUGGAUGUCUUGAGGACAUCUUUGACUCCACGUGGCUCAAACUGAACUCAAUAUCUCUUCCCGCCCCCUCCCCGCCAAACUCUCCCUUCUCCCCGACUCCCCUGUUACUGUUGAGGGCACCACCAUCUUCCAAGUCACAACCUAGGUGUCAUCCUCCAAUCCUCACUCUCACUCCUCCAUUCCAAUCCGUUACCAUGGCCUCUCUAUUUUACCUUCAUAUCAUCUCCUGUCUAGGCCCCCCACCCCUGCCCUGCCCACCCCGUUAGCCUCUGACACUGCCACCACCCUGGUAAAGGCCCUUGUCAUCUCGCACCUGGACUGUCGUGCAGUAGCUUGCUGGUUGAUCUGCCCCGUGUGUCCCCCGCUCCAGGCCGUCCUCAGCUGUCCAAGUAACUUUCCUGAAGUGCAGGUUCUCUCCUCCACUCAGCUGUCAAAGUGGUUUUAUUGAAGUGUAAGUCUGACCAUGUUGACCCCUCUCCCUACUUGAUAAACUCCUGGGGCUCCCUAUCGCCUCCAGGAUCAAAUAUAAGCUCCUCUGUUUGGUGUUGAAAGCCCCCCCACCACCCUGCCUGCCCCGCCCCAACUCAACACUAAGCCCUCCUACAAGAAGAAGAAGCCUUUCCCAAGCCCCUUCCACUCUCUCCUUCCCCCGUUGGUUCUUUCUGAUGGAUCUUGUACAUAGCUUGUUUCUGUAGUUGUUUCUAUGUUGUUCCCUUUAUUAGACUGUGAGCUCUUUGGGAGCAGAGUCUGCCUUCUCCCUCCCUUUGUACCCUCUGCUUAGCACAGUACCUAGCACAUAGUGGGCGCUUAAUAAAUGUGUAUUGACUGGC